CGAUGAAUUAUGGCGACGUAGGGACGAUGAGAUAGACCGAGACCGCAGAGAUCGCGAGCUGUUUGUGCGAGCAAGGAGGCUAGAUGAUUACCCCCGAAGCCCUCGCUAUGAGGCCGAUCGGGGUAGAGGCGACUCCUGCGGCCGAUGGGAGAGGGACGGCAGAUACGAGAGAUCGGACCGGGAUGGAUAUAGGGACGACAGAUACGAGAGGUCGGGUCGAGAUGGCUACAGAGGGAGUACAUAUGAGAGAGGAGAUCAGGACAUGGAACGACAAGAUGGGACACGCGGACGGUUUGAGCGCAGGGGAGAUGCGAGAGAGCAGCGCGACGAGACGCGAGGAUGGUACGACCGAGAGGACCGACGCGAUGAGUCACGAGGACGCUAUGACUCGGGGGACCGCCGGAAUGACUCGCGAGGGCAGUAUGAGCGAGGAGGGUCUGGAGGAGACCGGCGCAACGAUUCGCGCAGUCGGAAUGAGAGAGGGGGAUAUGGUGUCUCAUCAGAACCAUAUCCAAAGUCGUCUGACCCCAACGCGGCCAGAAAUUCGAUGUCUAGAGGCGCAGACGACAGAGCGUCUACUCCCAGGAACUCAUACGUCUACUGUAGAGGAGAAGAUCAUAUCAAGAGGGAUUGUCCGGACCUCAAAUGGGCAAUAGAUGAGGGGCUUGUCGUGCUUGACGACCGCAAGUACGUCAAGUGGGCAGAUGAUCUGGGAGAUGUAUCAAUGUUUCCUUCGAUGAAGGAGAACGCCGAAGCAAGGAGAAUAAAGACGAGUAAAGGAAUGGAGUCGGUCAGAAGCCAGAGCAUCAAGAUAAUCUUUGAGGGGGAUAUCGCGACCACACCCAUAAGGGUGGCAGCCACCAAGUCAGCAAGAGGGUCUACAUCGAAGAAGACUGACAYGGAUUAUGUGAUGACGGAGAAGGACGGGCAGCGGAUCGAUGGAGAGGAGGUUAUCCUUUCGCCAUGAAAGAGGGGAGUGAAGAAGUUCUUAAUGAAGAGUCCGUUGGACG